AUGUCAGCCAAACCCAAGCUCUAUUACUUCCAUGGCAGGGGCAGGAUGGAGUCUACCUGCUGGCUGCUGGCUGCAGCUGGAGUGGAGUUUGAAGAAGAAUCUUUUGAAACAAGAGAACAAUAUGAAAAGUUGCAGAAAGAUGGACGCCUGCUUUUCCGCCAAGUACCUUCGGUUGAAAUUGAUGGAAUGCCGCGGACGCAAACUAGAGCCAUCCUCAGCUACCUCACUGCUAAGCAUGACCUCUACGGGAAGGACCUGAAGGAGAGAGUCAGGAUUGACAUGUACACCGAUGGCACCCUGGAUCUGAUGAUGAUGAUAACAGUGGCUCCCUUCAAACCCCCUAAAGAAAAAGAGGAGGCCUUGGCUUUAGUGGUGAAGAAAGCUAAAACCCACUACUUGCCGGUCUUUGAAAAGAUUUUGAAAGACCAAGGAGAUUUUCUCGUUGGCAACAAAUUCAGUUGGGCAGAUGUACAAUUGCUGGAAGCUAUUUUAAUGGUGGAAGAAUUGGAUGCUUCUGUUCUUUCUGACUUCCCUUUGCUAACGGCAUUUAAAACACAGAUCAGCAACAUCCCCACAAUUAAGAAGUUCCUGCAGCCUGGGAGUCAAAGGAAGCCACCCCCGGACAGCCACUAUGUUGAAGUAGUCAGGAACAUUCUGCAGUUCUAACGGCAGCAGGUCUUCUGAUGGCAAGAGUGACAAUCUAAACACAGCACCAGCACAUGCCACCCAUAGUGAAUAACAGGCAAACUGUAGGUUCUAGGGGCUAAGAGUCUGAAAAGAACAAGCCAUGCUGCCAUCAGUGGCAGACACUGAAUAAACACAAUAGAAAACCAUUCGGACGCCUGAGGUGCUUUUUAACUUGUCAAUUGUGGCUAAUGGUCAACGAUGUUUAUGAAAUCAACGUUCGGUAUAAAGAAAUAGAAGCCUAUGCCUACCUAAAAAAAAAAAAAAAAAAAUGAACUGGG